GCCACUUCACAAGCUUUAAAAGUUCUCACCUUUUCGGUUCUUUGAAACAGAAGAAGGCUGCGUUCAGACCCUCCUCAUAAAUUCGACGCCCACGAACCCUAAUUACUGUCUAGCGAUUUUGAUUGAAAUGCAAGGCCCGACGGGUUUUCAGCAAUUGAAAGCACCGGCGUUUCCAGAGCAAGAGCAGCUGAAAUGCCCGCGCUGCGACUCCUCCAACACCAAAUUCUGUUACUACAACAACUACAACUUAUCUCAGCCCCGCCAUUUCUGCAAGAACUGCCGCCGUUACUGGACCAAGGGCGGCGCCCUUCGUAACAUCCCUGUCGGCGGCGGCACCCGCAAGACCACCAAACGCUCCUCCUCCUCCAACACGAAACGCCACCCCAACCCAUCUUCCGACCCGAUCCAAAACCCAAAAAUCCCUGACCUCUCUCCGCCGCCGACGUCGUCAUCAGCGUCGAUGUUUCCCCAGCAGGUUGCUUUGAACUCGGGGGUUCAGAAUUCGGAUUCCGAGAUCGACCCGACCCGGAUGUAUCUCUUGCCGGUUGAUAAUCAGGACGGGAAGAUGAUGGAAAUCGGAGGGAGCUUCAGCUCGCUGUUGACAUCGAGUGGACAGUUCGGAAACCUUCUAGAAGGGUCCAGCUCAAAUGGGUCGGGUUUAAGAGCGGGGCAUAAUUAUGGUGGAGAUUUGGAUUCGGGUCGUGGUACGAAUCAGAGUUCGGAUCGGAAUCCGGGAUUGGGAGAGGGCAGUAAUAACGGGGAGAGUUAUUUGGGUGGCGGGGAAACAAGUUGUUGGAGUGGCGAUAGCUAUGGCUGGCCUCAUCUUUCUAUUUACACUCCAGGUUCAACUUUCCGGAGAUAAGAUAUAUA